GGAUCAGUGUUCAGCUCGGCAGCGAUGAAGUUUCUACUCCUUCUUGGCGCGGUUAUAGCCGUUCGAGCCCAAUCCGACACAUGCCCAUCACUCAAGGAUCGUCAGCUUGCCAAGCCUGGCCAGCUGUUCUGCUGUGAUAGCACCAUCAAAACCGUCGUGGAGACCGGAAUGCAGACCCUGGACCUCUUCGGAGCUGGUGGACCACAAACACUUGGACCAAUCGUUCAGGCGCUAAGCACCUUCGUUCAGCAACACUUCAAAACUGCCUAUGAGAUUGUUAUGGCUCCAAAGGACUUUGUGCUCAACACACACUACAAUGGCACCAGUCUCUGCAAGUUCCAGUCCAACAGUUACACCUUGGCCAUCUACGAGACCCCAGCUAAAUACGAUAUCAACAGCUCCAGAGAAAAGUACUUCAACAAGUUCGCUCUCAACGACAAGCUCCGUCUGCCAUCAGUUUCCAAGCACCUCAAGCAAUUCUCCGGACUUGCCAACACCGCCACCGGAGGACUCAGUGGAUCCGCUGGAUCUGUCGCCGGCGGCCUUGCUGGAGGAUUCUUCGGACGCUAAGACGUUGCAAAAUGUGUGCAAGUGGAACCAUUGCCUGCUGUAAAAUGAAAAACAUUACGGGGAUCGUCAUCUUUUUGUCGCUGAAACCAGAUUUUUUAUGAAUAAAGCAUUUAAAAAUCAU